UGGCGCUAGUUGCGCGCCUGAUCAAGCUUCCAUCAACCCGCAGUGGAACGCCUUGUCCGCUGCAGGAUCGAACUGCACGCCAAAGUCGGAUGCGACUGCUGGUCCAGACAAUAAGAGCUACAGCACCAAGAACUGCUUGCCAGCCCCUGGUGAGCAUGAUCCAGAUGCAUUGCGAGCCAAUUGCGCGUGAGAGUGGCCGUAGUAACAACCAAUCCGGUGGAUGAGCUGGUAGGUUCGCUGACUCGUGCGAGCGUUGCGGCAGCAGCACUGAGCGACUGAGUCACUGUGCAGUUCUCGGGCAUGCGGACGGUUGCGUUACAUCUGCACGUUGGCGUCGGAGAUCGGCCGUGCUUGACGUGUCCUACGGAGUCCUCGCGGCAGCAGAGCUUUCCCCGCAGAUGCGGGAUGACCUUAGCGUUAAGCUUCAAGGACCCUUCGGGAACCGGGGUAAUGACAGUAAGAUCUCGUCCCUGGAUGUGCCAGCGGAUGAAAUCAUUGCGCGAAACAAUGGGGAGUCCGUAUAGGCGAAAGUGCCAACUGAUGAGCGGCUGUUGUGAAAUUGGACCGCCGCAAAGACUUCCCCGCUGCAAAUUGCCGCCCAAGCUGUUGCAGUGGGCUUCCUUGGUCCCAAGCAAAUGUGGAUCCGAAUAUCAUGUUGGAGCCAUAAUACCAGAGCUUCGUGCAGAACACGGACCGGUCGUAGUCAGCUCCACUAAGCCGAAGCGUCCGUCUCAGCCCAGAUUUCGCCCACCUCACACGACACGUCUCGAGACGCGCGAGCGGAGAGUUGCAAGCUACUGCACCAUGUCUCUUUCGAGCAUGGCCCAAUUGCUUGCCUCCCCCGUAACGGCGCCAAAUAGGGUGCAUAGGUAGGACGCGGACAGAGUGUCUGGCAGGCUAGUCACAAGCGCAUUGGGUACGGAUGCGCCCCUGUUCGGACUCGAGGACCAUUGUGCCGGUCCGUUCGCACGGGGUUGCAACCACAAGACAGUCGUGAGCGGGGUCGCAAAAGA